CAUCUUGAAAAUAGAUGCAAUUAAUCAAUCAACUCCAUCAUUCUGCUAGUUUUGUAUUAUAUUUAAAUAAUAUAUUAUACACUAAGUCACAAAUGGCUGUUCUGAAACGAACCAAUAUAAUAAGUUGGCUUAAUAUUAGGGGCUCUUAUGCUUGAUUCAUUCAAUUUGCAAGCUGCAAAGUGUGAAAUGGUUGUUCCUUUCAUUGAACUGUGAGAACUAAAAUAGUGACGCAUGCAUCAGUGGGAAAAAGAUCUGGAGAAAUUAAUUUUUUUUGCUAUAUUGGUACUGGAUGUGUCAAUUGUCAUUGUUUAAUUCAUUGCCUAUAACAACCAUUCAAAUAUUGUAACUAGUUUCACACUGAGCAAAACUACCAUGUUUGAAUCUUUCAACUGAAACAUUAGAUUAUUUUUCUCUUUUCAAAAUCUCCUCAAUAGGAGCCAGGUAGGUUCUAUGGGGAGUGAAAGCACCUUAGCGGAAGGAACAGGAAACAGCACAGCUAUGGAUUCAGCAGAGAAGAGGCUCAAUGAGCUUGGUUACAAGCAAGAACUCAGAAGAGAAAUGACUAUGUUCAAAACUCUGGCAAUAUCAUUCUCAACAAUGACCCUUUUCACUGGAAUUACUCCUCUCUUUGGUUCUAGCCUUCAAUAUGCAGGCCCUGCAACUCUUGUCUGGGGAUGGCUAGUGGUUUCUUUCUUCACUUGCUUUGUGGGAGUUGCAAUGGCUGAGAUAUGCUCAUCGUUCCCGACGACUGGUUCUCUGUACUUUUGGGCUGCUCAUUUAGCUGGUCCCAAAUGGGGACCAUUUUCUUCAUGGUGCUGUGCUUGGCUUGAGACAAUAGGGCUUAUUGCCGGGAUAGGGACUCAGGCAUAUGCAGGAUCACAAACAUUGCAGAGUAUAAUCCUACUUUCAACCGGCACAAAUAAAGGUGGAGGGUACUUUGCCCCAAAAUGGCUUUUCUUAUGUAUGUACAUUGGCCUCACUGUUAUCUGGGCAGCACUGAACACGUUUGCACUAGAAGUGAUUGCCUUGAUCGACAUGAUUUCAAUAUGGUGGCAGGUUAUUGGUGGAACAGUGAUAGUGAUAUUGUUACCUCUGGUAGCACCAACUACAAAAUCUGCAUCAUAUGUAUUCUCACACAUGGAAUUGGCCACUGAUACAACAGGAAUAUCAAGCAAACCAUAUGCAGUCAUUCUAUCAUUUCUUGUCAGCCAGUAUUCCCUCUAUGGAUAUGAUGCUGCAGCACAUCUAACUGAAGAAACUAAAGGUGCAGACAAGAAUGGACCCAUUGCAAUACUAGGUAGUAUUGGGAUCAUUGCCGUGUUUGGAUGGGCUUACAUCUUGGCACUUACAUUCAGCAUUCAGGAUUUUGGUUACCUUUACGAUCCAAACAAUGAGACGGCUGGAGCAUUUGUGCCAGCACAAAUACUCUAUGAUGCAUUCCAUGGAAGAUAUCACAAUUCUGCUGGAGCAAUCAUUAUACUAUUUAUCAUUUGGGGCUCAUUCUUCUUUGGUGGACUUUCAAUCACUACAAGUGCUGCCAGAGUGGUUUAUGCUCUAUCAAGAGAUAAGGGAGUUCCAUACUCAUCCUUAUGGCGGAAACUGCACCCAAAGCACAAGGUUCCCUCAAAUGCUGUAUGGCUUUGUGCUGCAAUCUGCAUUCUUCUUGGUCUCCCAAUUUUGAAGGUCAAUGUAGUCUUCACUGCAAUAACUUCAGUGUGCACAAUUGGAUGGGUUGGUGGCUAUGCAGUUCCUAUCUUUGCAAGGAUGGUGAUGCCUGAGAAGAACUUCAAGCCGGGGCCGUUUUAUUUAGGAAAAGCAAGAAGACCAAUCUGCCUGGUAGCAUUUCUAUGGAUUUGUUACACAUGUUGUGUGUUCCUUUUGCCAACUCUGUACCCAAUUACCUGGGAUACUUUUAAUUAUGCACCAGUUGCUUUGGGGGUGUGUUUGGGUCUAAUAAUGCUCUGGUGGGUGUUGGAUGCAAGAAAAUGGUUCAAGGGGCCAGUUAGGAAUAUUGAAGUUCAAAAUGGCAAGGUAUGAUUCUUCACAAGUUUGAAGAAUAAUUGGUGGAAUAUCCUUUGUAUUGUUCUCACGGAUGUUGCCUUGACUUGUACAUUUCAUGAUCAACAUUAUUGUUGAAAUUAUUAGGUAGUGAUAUAAUGUUCAGUCAUCAGCACAAAAAGGUAGAAACAAUCAUCUAUUUGCUUU